AUGACCGUUCACGACGAUGAGCGGAGGAGCAAAUCACUCACAUCUUUGAGCACAAGCGGCGGACCAAACAGCAGACCAAACGGCGAACACGACGGCAGAAUCACGGAUAGACAGACCAGCACGAUGCCUUCGAAGCGGAGAGACCGAGAGUGCGAGUCGUACACGUACUCUCGCACGCAGUACGACAGCGAGGACGGCUUCUACCGGCGCCACAGACGACCGGUCCUGGUCGACGACUCGUGCCGGCGCCGUCGCAGCAGAUCGAGGCGACGGUCGUGCGUCUCCCCGCUCGUCGACAAGAUUCGUCGCUACUCGGACUGCUCGAUCCUCUGCGACUCCGACUGCGGGUCCUGCACGCCCCGUUCCAAGCCCGCCGACGACGAGCGCGACCGGCACCGACGACGCUGCGGCGACUGCGAGCGCGACCGGCACGCCUGCCGCGCGUGCGAGAAGCGUUCCACCGUCGUCGACGUCGUCGACCAGACCAAGGGACCGCUGACUCUCCGUCACGGGCAGCAUUUCACCGUCACCAUCUCGGCUUCGGCCACGGCCGAGGACCUCACCGAGAUGCUCGCGCCGGACAAGGACAAGCAGAAGAUUGUCGUGCGGUGGAGGAACGGGUCGACGCUGGACCUCGCCAGCUGCCCGAUGCCGCUGCAGGGCAUGCUCCGCAUGGUGAGGCUGCUCGAGGUGCAGGAGAAGAAGCCGAAGGAGAGCAAGGAUGCCGAGGCCGAACUGCGCAAAAAGGUGGGCGAAAAGUUGUUUCCUAACGCCGGCACGGGCGAUGGCAAGAAAGGAAACCUCGAGGACGAGGUGGCCGACGUCAUGCAACGCAUCUUUAAGCUAGCUCUAUCCAAGGGUUGA